AUGGUGCAAAAAUAUCAAUCACCUGUACGUGUUUAUCGUUAUCCAUUUGAACUUGUUAUGGCUGCAUAUGAAAAACGUUUUCCAACAUGUCCAAUGAUACCUGUUUUUCUUGGUUCUGAUAUAACAUCAGAAUAUCAUAGUGAAGAUGGAGCUGUAGAAAUCAUUGAACGACGUUGUCGAUUAAAUGUUGAUGCACCUUAUUUACUCAAGAAGAUUGUCAAUGUUGAUUAUGUUGUAUUUUUACAAAAAAAUCAUCUAGAUCAUCGACAACGUACAUUACGUAUUGAUGCAUGUAAUGAAAGUUUUGCAUCACGUUUAGAAAUUAAAGAAUUUUGUCAUUAUUAUGUUCAUCCAGAAAAUGCUUUAUGGACAUGUUUUGAACAAAGUGCAUAUUUAGAAAUCAAAUCUUUUUUUGGUUUUGAAGCAAGUGUUGAAAAAUUAGCUAUGAAACAAUAUUCAACAAAUUUAGCUAAAGGAAAAGAAAUUAUUGAACAUUAUGUAAAUGAAUUAUUAAAUCAAGGUAUAACAAAUAUUCCUAUUUGGACUGAAUCAUCAUCAUCAUCAUCAUCAUCAAUAAUAACAACAACAACAACAACAACAACAACAAUGACACAUCCAAAUCAAGAAUUAACAACAAUAUCUGUUAAUGAUGAUCCAUCAUUAAUAGCAGCACGUCGACGAUUAUCAUCACAAGAUGCAUCAAAUAUAUUUACUGCGUCAUCACCACCGAAAGCAUCUGCAUCAGCUGCAACAACUGCAUCACAUUUUUCAGCAUUAUCUGACGAACUUGAAAAUUUUCAAGUAGAUGAAAAUUCACAAGAAAAACAACCUGUAGGAAAUAUUGAUGAUGAAUAUAUACGUCGUUAUAUUGGUCAAUUAGAUCCAUUUGAAGAAAGUUGUCUUGUACAACUUCGAAAAUGGAUAGCAGAAACACAUAAAGGAAAAUUACCAAAUGAUUCUCAUCUACUUCGAUUUCUUCGUGCUCGAAGAUUUGAUAUUGAAAAAGCUAAAGAAAAUGUUUGCCAUUCGUUAGCGUGGCGUAAAAAAAAUUGUAUUGAUCGUUUACUUAUGGAUUAUGAAAUUCCAGAGAUGAUACAACGAUUUUUUCCUGGUGCUUGGGGUGGAAAUGAUCGUGAUGGUCGACCUAUAUAUAUAUUACGUGUUGGAGAUAUUGAUGUGCGUGGUAUUAUGAAAGCAGUACAUGGUGAAGAUGUAUGGAUUAGACAUAUAUUAUAUCUUGUUGAAGAAGGUUUAAAUAAAUGUGAAGAAAAUACAAAACUUUUUGGAAGACCGAUAAGUUCUGUAUGUGUUAUUCUUGAUUUUGAGAACUUCAGUGUUAAACAUCUCUAUCGGCCUGUUUUUCGAGUUAUCUCACAAAUAACUGAUACUGUUGAAGCUAAUUAUCCAGAAACACUUGGCCGAAUGUUUUUAACACGUUGUCCUCGUGUUAUACCAGUAUUAUGGACAAUAAUAAAUACAUUUGUUGAAGAACGAACACGUGAAAAAUUUGCUAUACUUAAAACUGAUGAACUUGUUGAAUAUAUUGAUGAAAUAAACAUUCCUGAUUUUCUUGGUGGUCAAAUGUCUUUUCAAGCACCAUCCGGUGGAAUAGUUCCACGUUCUCUUUAUGUACAUGAAGAUGAACCAGAUAAAUUUGAUGCUGAAAAUGCAUUAUUUGGUGAUAAUGCUUAUACAGUUGUAUCAAUAAAAGAAGGUGGUGCACAUGAGGUUCUUAUUCCAAUAUCACAAAAAGGUGAUAGACUUCGAUAUGAUUUUGAUUUAUUGAAAUCUGAAUGUACAUUUACAAUAUAUCGUAUUGGAAAAAUUAAAUCUACUGAACAUGAUGAUAAUAAUGAUCAUUUACGUCUAUCAUCUCCAAUACAAAAACAUAAUUCAAUAAUACAUGCAACAACAAUUUAUGAUAAACCAUUAAUUGAAUCAACAACAGAUGAUAUUAUACGUUUAAUACAACCAACAAUUUAUCAUGAUGGUGAUUCUGUACAAGAAACAUAUAUUUGUCAACAACCUGGAAAUUAUGUUUUACAAUGGCGUCAUUCAACAACUCAUCAUACAACAAGUCCAUUUGAUUUUAUUAGUGGAAGUCAUAAAACAAAAAUUAUGUAUCAUUAUGAACGACAAUCAUCAGUUCGAUUAACAACUGAUGCAACACAAAAUGGAUAUAUUAGUGAUAAUCAUUAUAAUAAUAAUAAUAAUACAACAAUGUUUAAAAUUUUGAUAUUUAUAUUUUAUAUUUUAUUGAAUUAUACAAUAGCUGAAGAUGGCCAUUGUAUAUGGUAUGGACCAUGUGGACAAAAUUCACUGGGUAAAAUAACUAAUUGUUUUUAUAAUGGUACUGCAAAAUUAUUAACAGAUGAAAAAGGAUUAAAAACAUUAGAAACAGCUUGUGGAAUGUUCUAUAAUGGUCCCAAUAAUACUUAUACUUGUUGUUCAGCUGAUCAAAUAGGUAUAAUGGCAGAUCAAUUUGGUUUGGCAAAAUUAAUGUUAGGUCGUUGUCCAUCAUGUUAUUAUAAUUUUCGUUCAUUAUUUUGUGCAAUGACAUGUUCUUCUGAUCAAAGUCGUUUUUUAACUAUUAAAGAUAUAGGUAAUAGUACAUUAUAUCCAGGUCGAAUAACAGUUGAAUCUAUUGAUUAUAAUAUUGCUGAUGAUUUUACUCAACGUUUACUUGAUUCUUGUCGAGAUGUUUUAUAUCCAGGUGGUAAUCAACAUUCACUUGAUUCAAUGUGUGGUCGACCAUAUAAUCAAUGUACAAAAGAAACAUUUAUGAGAUAUUUAGGUGUUGAUAAUCCAGCUGUACCAUUUCCUAUUUAUAUACAUCUUUUUAAUGAUACAAGUGAAAAUGAAACUUUUUAUAAUCAAACAACAUUUGUAUGUAGUGAACCAAUAAUAUCAAGAUAUGAAAAUAAAACAGCUUGUAGUUGUUUGGAUUGUUCAAAAUCAUGUAGUCCAAUACCACCUGAUGUACCGGAUAAAGAAUUUAAAAUAUUUAAUAUUGAUGGAUGGGUAGUUAUUGCUAUUAUAUGUAUUAUUUUUUUAUUAACAAUAUUUUCUAUAUCAAUUUUUAUUAUACCAAAAUUUCGAAAACCUCAACCAAUAAUUGAAGAAUCAACAGAAAUAACUUCAUUAUUAAAUGAACCAAUAAGACAAAAACCAUCCGGAUAUUUAAUUCGUAUACGUCAAAAUACAGAAAAAUUUCUUGAACGAAUAUUUUAUCGUUUGGGUUUGUUCUGUGCUCAACAUCCAUUUAUUGUUUUAUCUAUUGGUACUAUUAUAAUUAUUGGUCUUUCAUGUGGUUUAUUUAAAUUUAAAGUUACAACUGAUCCUGUACAAUUAUGGUCAUCAAAAUCAAGUAUUGCACGACAACAAAAAGAUUAUUUUGAUAAACAUUUUAAACCUUUUUAUCGUACAACACAAAUAAUUAUUGUUCCAGAUGAUCAAUCAUUUGAAACACAUUAUUAUCUAUCUCCACCAGCACCUGUUAGUGAAUAUACAUUAGGACCAGUAUUUAAAUUAGAUUUUUUAUUACGUGUACUUGAUCUUCAAACAGAUAUAUUAUCAUUAACAGCUGAAUUAAAUGAAAAUAAUCGUACAAUUUAUUUAUCAGAUAUUUGUUUAAAACCAUUAGAACCAGAUAAUGAAAAUUGUACAGUUUUUUCUAUUUUACAAUAUUAUCAAAAUUCUAAAGAUAAUUUAAAUAAACGUAUUGGUGAUGAUUUUUUUACUUAUUUUGAUUAUUCAACACAUUUUAUGACAUGUUCACAAGCACCAACAACGACAAAAGAUAAUCCAUUAGGUUUAUCAUGUUUUGCUGAUUUUGGUGGUACAGUUAAUCCGUUUAUGAUUUUGGGUAAUUAUACAGAUGCAACAUAUUCAAAUGCAACAGCAUUAGUUAUUACAAUUGUUAUUGAAAAUUCAAAUGAUCCAGAAAAAAUUCAAUUAGCUGAAGCAUGGGAAAAAGUCUUUCUUGAUUACAUGAAAAAUUUUACUGAUACACAAAAAUCAUUACGUUCUGCUGGUCUUUGGAAUGAAACAGCAAAUUUUACUGUUUAUUAUAGUGCUGAACGUUCUAUUCAAGAUGAAUUAAAUCGUCAAAGUCGUUCGGAUAUUUUAACUAUAUUAAUAUCUUAUACAAUUAUGUUUCUCUAUGUAACAUUAACACUUGGUCAUAUACGUUCAUGGCGAACAUGUUUAAUAGAUUUAAAAAUAUCUGUUGGUUUUAUUGGUGUACUUUUUGUAUUAUUAUCUGUUAUGAGUUCAAUUGGAUUUUAUUCUUAUUGUGGUAUAGCUGGUACAUUAAUUAUAUUUGAAGUUAUACCAUUUCUUGUCUUAGCUGUUGGUGUUGAUAAUAUAUUUAUUAUUGUACAACAUUUUGAAAAAAUUAAAAUUGAACAAUAUCCAUCAAUAGAUAUAUGUUUAGCAACAACAAUAAGUCGUAUUGGUCCAUCAAUAUUAUUAACAGCAACAAGUGAAUCAAUUGCUUUUGUACUUGGUUCAUUAACACCAAUGCCAGCUGUACAAAUUUUUUCCUUAUAUGCAUUUAUGGCUGUAUUUAUUGAUUUUUUACUUCAAAUAACUUGUUUUGUAUCAAUACUUUCACUUGAUUCUAAACGACAACAAUCUAAUCGAUCGGAUUUAUGUUGUUGUUUAUCAAUAAAAUCUACAUUAACAGAAAAUUCAAUUGAACAUCAAUCAAAAGGAUUAUUACAAAAAAUAUUUAUGAAUAUAUGGACACCUAUGGUAUUAGGUAUAUCUUCUAUACGUGCAAUAUUAUUUUCAUUAUUUAUUAUUUGUACAUGUUUAUCAUUAUCAAUAAUACAUCGUAUACCAAUAGGUCUUGAUCAAAAAUUAUCAAUGCCAAAAGAUUCUUAUGUAUUAGAUUAUUUUCGUGGUAUAGAAAAUUAUUUAAGUGUUGGUCCACCUGUUUAUUUUAUUGUUAAUCAAAAUGCAAUUGAUUAUAAAAAAAUUGAUGAUCAAAAUUUAUUAUGUGGUACAUCAGGUUGUUCAUCAACAUCAUUACUUGGACAAAUAGGACAAGCAUUACGACAACCACAACGUUAUUAUUUAGCUCAACCACCAUCAUCAUGGCUUGAUGAUUAUUUUGAUUGGUUACAAUCAACAAAUGAUCCACCUUGUUGUAGAAUAAAUAAUCAAACAGAACAAUUUUGUCCAGCUACAUUAAAUGAUACAUCAUGUAUAACAUGUCCAAUAGAAUUUCUUGAAAAUCAACGACCAUCUGAAGAUGAUUUUCAACGAUAUAUAGAAUAUUUUUUAAUUGAUAAUCCAGGUGAAAAAUGUCCAAAAGGUGGUCAUGCUGCAUAUCAUGAUGCUGUUGAAUUAAUUAAUAAAACUUAUGUUAAAAGUUCAUAUUUUAUGGGUUUUCAUUCUGUACUUAAAACAUCAAAAGAUUUUAUUGCUGCUAUGAAAAGUGCAAAUGAAAUAGCAAAAAAUAUAUCAAAAACUAUUUUAAUUAAUCAAAGUCAUUCAUAUCAUGAUUCAAAUAAACUUGAAGAUUAUCCAGUUUUUCCAUAUAGUAUUUUCUAUGUAUUCUAUGAUCAAUAUUUAACAAUAUGGCGUGAUCUUAUUAUUAAUUUAUCAUUAUCAUUUACUGCUGUAUUUAUUGUAACAUGUAUAUUACUUGGAUUUGAUUUUCAUACUUCAUUUCUUAUUCUAUUAUGUGUAUUUAUGAUUAUAAUUGAUAUGUUUGGUGUUAUGUUUUUAUGGAAUAUUGAACUUAAUGCUGUAUCUGUUGUAAAUAUAAUUAUGUCCGUUGGUAUUGCAGUUGAAUUUUGUGCUCAUAUUGCUCGUUAUUUUGCUGUUAGUCAAGGUGAUAAUCGAUUAAUACGUGCACGAAUAGCAUUAGCUGAAAUGGGUAGUUCAGUAUUUAGUGGUAUAACAUUAACAAAGAUUGGUGGUGUUGUAGUACUUGCAUUUGCUAAAUCACAACUUUUUCAGGUGUUUUAUUUUCGCAUGUAUUUUUCAUUAGUUAUUAUUGGUGCACUACAUGGUCUAGUAUUUCUUCCGAUAUUACUCAGUUAUUUUGGUCCACAAUCAAUAACAUUAAUUAAUGAUAGAAAAUGUCAAUCUCAAAUAAAUGCAUGCGAUGAUAGUUCAUCAAGUGGAAUUGCUGUUGAUGAAAAUGUACAGAUCAUACCCCAUUAUUCAAUAAAUACAUAA